AUGAUCCCGUGUGGAAUGAGCUUCAUUGGCCUGGCCACAGUCCUGCUCAAGCCAUUGUGGAAACAGCCAAGUGAGGUCCUUUUUGUGAAGGAUCUGACCCUGCUCAACCAUUCCAUGGAGCCCACAGAUUGUACUGUCACCCUACAGGUGGCCCACAUGAGCCACCAGGAUAUUGAGAAGACAGGAGCUGAAGACCUCCUGGGCAUAACGGCAAGAGAGGCGGCCAGGCAGAAACUGAUGGUCCCUGGCUCCACCGCGCACAGGGCUCUGUCCUCAAAGCCUCAGCACUUUCAGGUUCGAGUGAAGGUGUUUGAAGCCCGACAGCUCAUGGGCAACAACAUCAAACCAGUGGUGAAGGUGUCCAUCGCAGGCCAGCAGCACCAGACACGCAUCAAGAUGGGAAACAACCCUUUCUUUAACGAGGUGGGCUGA